GGCGAAAACCCUUACGCUGAAGCUCUCCGGGCCCUGAGUGAACCCGUGACGUUGCAUGGCCUUGGUGAAGUGCUGGUGGACCAGCUUUCCCGCCGCAAUCGCAAGUGGAUUGCCCUCUGCGGUAGCCCACCUUCCGCUGCCACCAGCCUCUUUAGCUCUUUUGGAAAUCUACUCAAAGAUAUUCUUACACCAGUCAGCGACCCUCCCGUGCGGCAUGCCAAACCAGUCCACGUGUGCUGCCUGCUGCUGCUUUACCAAUUGGUUGUCCUCAACUCGGAGGCAGCCGCCACCGUACUCUCACACACGGAGCUUGCCGAGCAAAUGCGCCGCCCCGACCCCCAUGGUGAAGAUGGUGAAGCCAGCAUUGAUACCCCUGCUACCAAUCUUGUGGGCACACUCUUGACGUUCAUAUCCUUCAUGAUUCAAGAUACAGCCCCGGAGGAGCAACACCACUAUGCCCAACUUGCACUGCAAAUCGUCACCAUCUCUUGCGAGCGAGACAACUGCAACCGCUUUUACCACGAUCCCAACGUCAAGGUCCCUGUCUUCAUGUUUCAAUCGGGUAUGCGCCACCGCACCGCACAAGUCGUGCAGUUGGAUGAUGGUGCCAUGGCCAAGAUGAUCUUUGACGUGGCAAUCGAACUGCUCAUGAGCCACAUGAAGAAAAGUUUGAAUGUGGAGCAGUUUGGCUUGACUCUACAGAUCAUUCAUCGUUUGCUCUGCUUCGAGAAGCACAGCCGCGUUCGCCUCAACUUCAAGUGGCAACAACUAUGGAAUGCACUUGCCGCCUUACUACGUUUUAUCGUCGCUCACGCAAGCACUCUUGAGGAGCAAUUUGACGUGUAUGACCUUGCCCGCCAAGUGGUGGUCAUUUACAACCUCUUUGUCACUUAUGGCGACACGUUUUUGCCAGACCCCGACAGCUAUGAUCAGCUGUACUAUGAGCUGAUUCGGGAGCGCAACGCGUUUGAUACCUUGUUUGAGCUAGCCAAGCGCCACUCCCGAACUGCGGGCACCUAUGCUACUGCGGCCGGGCGUUUAGCUACCAGCCUGAUCAACAUUCGUGCCAUUAUUGGACACUUUGCGCCUAAGAUCGAUGCUUGGUCGCAGCUCCACAGUGGCGCUCCGCCGUCGCCGGAAAAUGUUUUGACAGUUGUGCGCGAAAACUACGACACGCUCACGCUCAAGCUACAGGAUGGUCUUGAUACUUAUGCACCCUACCACGAAGCACCAGAGGCGCAAAAACGACUUGUACAGAUCUGUCGCAGCAUGUUGCACCAUCAACCCACGACGGACUUUAAUCUGGCCCCGAUCUAUUCAAAUCACCGAUGAGAGGCCCUGAGCCUGUGUGGCUUCUGAUGGUCUGGCCGAAAGCCCCUAGUGCGUCUGCCAACGUGUCUAUGGACGGUCCUUGACAUGUAUUUAAGGAACCACUCUCAAGACCAUCAUCCUGUGCGUUCGCUCACACGCCCGAACACUCGCUUGGAUCAUUCUAAUCGAAAUUCUGAAUUCC